CCGUUGCUCUUCGUAUUUCAUCCAGCGGUGCGCGUGCACUCGGGCUCGCACACUUGCUGCCGCUGUCCUGGAUGCUGCAUGGACUGGACUGAACACAGCAGGGGUUUUAGCUGCUGCAUCGCGUCAUUUGAAUAAAUCACACAUUGUAUAAUAGUGACCGCGCCGGGCAGUGUGAAGUGAGCAAACAAACGUUUAGCAUAGGAGCUUUUUCGUUGGUUUGUGUCGGAGCGGAGGAGAUUCACCACUUUGGAGCAGCAGUUUUCGGCAACACUGGGAGAUGGAGCGGUGGAAAGGCAGAGUGGCCCUGGUGACCGGAGCCUCGGUGGGGAUUGGAGCGGCUACAGCCCGGACACUAGUCCAGCAAGGCAUGAAGGUGGUCGGCUGUGCCAGGAAUGUCAAUAAAAUAGAGAAGCUCUCAGCUGAAUGUCAGAGUGCCGGCUACAGUGGCACGUUGAUCCCGUACAAGUGUGACCUGUCAAACGAAGAGGAGAUCCUGUCCAUGUUUUCAGCAAUCAAGACACUGCACAAAGGUGUGGAUGUGUGCAUCAACAACGCUGGACUGGCCCACAGUGAGCCACUGCUCAGCGGAAAGACGGAGGGCUGGAGGAACAUGAUCGACGUGAAUGUCUUAGCCUUGUCUAUCUGCACCCGUGAGGCAUACAAGUCAAUGACAGAGAGGAAUGUGGAUGAUGGCCACAUCAUUAAUAUUAACAGUAUGAGUGGGCACCGAGUGGUUCCAAGCGCUGAUGUGCAUUUCUACAGUGCUACUAAAUAUGCCGUGACAGCUCUGACUGAGGGGUUACGACAAGAGCUUCGAGCAGCUAAAUCUCACAUCAGAGUCACAAGUAUAUCUCCUGGAAUAGUGGAGACAGAGUUUGCUUUCCGUCACCACAACAGUGAUCCAGAGAAAGCAGCUGCUGUGUAUGAAAGUAUAAAAUGCUUGAAAGCAGAGGACAUAUCCAGUGCAGUCACAUAUGUCCUCAGUGUCCCUCCUCAUGUCCAGAUUGGAGACUUGCAAUUGAGGCCAGUGGAGCAGGUGUCAUAGCAGUUGAAGUGUGAGAGGAGAAGGCAGACAGCAGCAAUGGUGACUCACUAGCGACCUCUGCUGGGCUUGGGAGAGAAGGAAGGAUACAACAAAUCAGCUGUUUCUGGAUCUGCAGGGAUGUGGUGAAGGGAGGCCUGGAGCCUUAAGGAGGCUGUGAGAGGAAAUGAAGGGUGUAAACUUUUUAAACCACUAAGAAAAUACUACUGAAUUCAGCAACUUGGUAUCUGUGAAUGUUGAGCCCAGACUACAGUAGGAACAAAUAACAGCUAAGAGUUAUUUUAUGUUUUUGGUUUUUUGUUUUUUUUUAGACAAAAGGAAGUUUUCCUUUACCUUGUUAACCAGUUUUGGCAUGUAUCUUCCACUUUCCUCAGAUCAGUCACCUGAUGUCAGGUGGUGAUGUGCCUUAUCAGCUGAUGUUGCAGGCGUGAUCUUCCCGUCAGAUUUGACGGGUCGAUCACGCCCCCUGCUGUCGCUAUGUGGAUGACAUCCUCGAAAUAAGCAAGAUAGGCCUCACAGGAAACAGGAAAAAACAAUAACAUUUCUGGACUUAAAAAUACACCACACAGAAGAAGGCAAAACCUGCACACACCAACCAAUACCUACUCUGGACAUCCGAACAUCCCAUUGCACACAAAUUUCAGUGAUCAGAACAUGAUAAGACCGCACAACAGGAUCACAGAGGAGGAUGACAGACAGGAGGAGGACCAACAUAUUCAACGGGCACAAAGAAACUGCUAAUACCCAUAUUGGGCAAUUCUAAAA